AUGCUACUAUUAAAUACAAUAGGAUUACGAUCCUUGAGGGUUAGAUCUAUACCGUCCAUAUUUAGAAUACAUGUUGCAAAACAAGUGAAUAGAGGUAAUUUUAUAUCUCAAAGGUAUUAUUCAGAUAAUUCAAACUCCCCCCAAAAAAUGGAUAGUAAGAUCAUUGGGAAAAAGUCGUUGACGUUACCAAAUAUAAUUACACUAUCCAGAAUAGCCUGUGCACCAUUUAUUGGAGGCUAUAUACUAACUAAUAACUUCACCCCAGCAUUUUACCUUUUUGCAUAUUCAUGUGUAACCGAUUUUUUAGAUGGUUAUAUUGCAAGAAAAUACAAUUUAAGAUCAGUAGCUGGAACAAUUUUAGACCCUAUGGCUGAUAAAAUCUUAAUGAUAGUAGCAACGGCUUCAUUGGCGUUACCACCAGGUCCUCAGAUUAUACCAAUGUCAAUUGCUUCUUUAAUAUUAGGCAGAGAUGCUUUGCUUGCUGCAAAUUCUUUUUUUGUUCGUUUUACUUCCAUGAAACAAAAAUAUAGCACAGUGACUUGGAAAUCGUAUUGGGACUUCUUCAAUUUCCCAAGUGUGGAAGUGAAACCAACUUUAAUAUCAAAAUGGAAUACUUUUUUACAAAUGAUAUAUCUAGGAUGGGGUGUAAUACUAUUAAUGAUAAACCAUAUGACUGAGGAUAAAGAAGGGAAAGAAAACAAAAAUACUGAUAUAGACAAAAACCAUUGGUCAUGGUGGUGUCAAAAAGGUUUUGAAUACAUGGGUUAUGUUGUUGGUAUUACAACCGUUUUAAGUGGAUCAUCUUAUUUCUUCCGUAAAGAUACAGCAAAACUUCUAUAA